AUGUGGCCAUCAACGUCACUCCUUUUCUCCUCCCUGGCUCUGCGAUUUGCAGCAGCGAAUGCCCAGGCUCUGGCCACAGUCACUUACGGACCCAGCGGACCUUGUCCAGUGCCAUCCGUCACCAGCAUCGUCGUUGUACAGCCAGGCUACUACAGCUCUUUCUUUCAGUCAGCCUCGCAGAUUGUGAAUCUCUUUGGUAACGGUGAUACGGUUACGAUUCAAAAUGCCCCGACGACGUACAUUACAAACACAUACAUUACCACGACCAUCAUCUCCACCAUCACGAACGUCGUAAGCUCUUCAACCACGACGACGACUCCGUCUAGCAGCUCUUCCAGCUCUUCCAGCUCUCCCAGCCCUAGCAGCUCUAGCAGUGUGAGUGAUGGACCGGUUACCACAACUGGAACUGCUGCUUCCUCGCCAUCGACAUCCGUUUCGAUAACUUCCACCGUGACUUUGACCACGACAGCUUCGGGGACUUCAUCAACUUCUACCACGGAAUUCACGCCUAUUCCUCCUCCUGCUACGACACCAACCCCGCCACCGGUCCUGACUUCUACGUCGGUUGAUGCGCAGGGAAACACAAUCCUCAUCCCGAUUACGCAGCCACCACUGGUUCUUGGCGAGGGCCUGCCAUCAGGAACUGUAACAGAUCUCCCAUCAUCAUCAGCCAUCAUUGUAGGCAUUGCAGUUGCCGGUCUGGGUGGAGCGAAGGUGAAGAGACAGAACUCAGGCGCCCAAGCUUCUGAGUUACUUUCGGGGGACGAAGGAGGCUCCAGUAAUGCAUGUGACGUUGCCGUCAGGUAUUUUCUACAACGCGGUCAACUGACAAAUGGUACCGAUGUGGUCGGCCGCAACACCACCGACUCUUUCGCCCUCAUAACACCGGAUCCCGAUAUCAAUAAUGUCACUACCGUGUUUUCUUUUGUUGAUGGUAUUCUGAACUGGGAUUCGGUCGACCAAGGUGCUGCCACCUUCUAUCGCUGUGGUGAUAACAAGGUGUGGGCUGGAUUUCCGUCUCCUCCUCGGCCUGAUUGCUACAACGUCACCUUGGGCGGCAUUGUUGCUAGUGCUUGCCCGGUCCCUUUCCGGGACCCGGACGCUACUACCUCAUCAACGACUAGCUCUUCCAGCACUCCGACUUCAACAGAUGUGCCGACCACGACCCCCGAAACUACAACAACCCCCGAGGUGACUACAACUCCCGAAGCAACUACAACUCCUGAGGAGACGACAACCCCCGAUGCCACUACAACCCCUGAAGCGACCACGACUCCCGAGACGUCAACAACCCCAGAAGCGACUACAACCCCUGACGAGACGACAACUCCUGAUGCAACGACAACUCCUGAGGAGACGACAACCCCCGAUGCCACGACAACUCCUGGAGCAACUACAACUCCUGAACUGACCACAACUACAACUCCUGAUUCGGAGAAUCCGACAUCGCCCACGACGACACCUGAACCACCAUCCUCAGGCGAGUCAUCAGGUACUCCGUCUCCUUCGUCAAGUUCACCACCGAUCGUCACAAGCUCUCUGUCACAGACUAGCCAACCUCCCGGGGUUUCAACUACCUCAAAUGCCCCGCCGGUGACUACGGGACCUGUGUCCACUAGCUCUCCAUCAUCUGCUUCGAUAGGGAUGAGCUCAACAAACGUAGGGCCUGCGCAAUCCAGCUCGACCAGUGUUGCCCCUGCACAGUCAAGUUCAAGUAUUGCCACGAGCCGGUCAAGCUCUACGAGUGUUCUCGUGCAAUCCAGCACGACUGCUAUAGUCCCAACAACACCCGUUGUGACCACCGGCGGCACCACAGGUGGACCAAGCUCUACAUCGCCUGGCGUCCAAAGUACAAACUCCGGUAGCUCGGUAUUGCCUUCCUCUAGUGCAGCCCAGAGUACGAGCAAUCCCAGCUCGACGACUUCAGCAGGUAUAGUGUCUUCCUCUCCUUCCUCAUCCACUGUCAUCCCCAGUCCAAGCACUACAUCCCUGUCCUCAAGCAGCAACCCUGUGGUACCAACAACAUCGUCCUCAGUGUUGGUAGCUGGUACUUCAUCUUCGACAAAUGCAGCUACGACAGCUGGUGCUACUUCAUCUCCAGCCACUACACUCGGUGAAUCAAGCACAAGUUCAUUAGCAGCAAGCUCCCCGUCGACAAGUACUGCUGUAAUCAACCCUACGACGACAAACCCGGUACCGACGACUUCUUCAAGCCCGAGCUCUAUGACUACAAGCACUUUGGUCACCACCCCAGUGCCGACAACAGCACAAGGGACAACUCAAACCUCUAUUGUAGGAUCUCCUACUACGAGUAACGCCGCUACAUCCACUGCCAUUGGUGGCACGACUAGUGCCAGCUCUGUUUCCUUCUACAUCUCUCCCCGGUCCGUCCUCAACCUUGGAUACCUCAAACAGCACCCCUGCUGGUACGACUGUGCUCCCGACGACUGCGCCUUUGUCUACCACGUUGAUGACCUCUGGACCACCUGGCACUACAUCGUCAGUUCUUGUCACCUCAGUUGCUACGUCUUCGGCAGCUGCACCUACGACAGUUGUUUCACCAAGUUCUACUCCGAGCACGAGUGCCAUUGGUACUACGACCCUCAGCAGUGCUACCGCUGGGACAACAUCAACGGGUGGGAGCACCGCGGUCUCAUCAGCACCUACAGGCUCUUCAGCUUCCUCUACUGCAGGCGGCGUCACCACCAACGCCGGUUCAUCUUCGACAACGACGGCGUCAAGCUCGUCGAGAUCGACUACCACGCCUUCAUCCUCACCAGGCACUUCGGGAACAUCAUCCAUGGCUUCCUCGUCUUCUGGAACAUCUGCGAACUCUCCGGGAACCACGUCAACGACCUCUGUCAAUCAAGUCACGACAUCAAAUUCUCCAUCUUCUUCGCCUCCAGCAUCGAGCUCCGCAACUUCUACAGGUGCUGCAACAACGACUACAGGUGCCACAGGCUCUACCACGACCAAUGCGGCCAGUUCGAGCUCGGGCAGCACCGCAUCCUCGAGUGCCAACUCGGGCCCAACUACCUCGAGCACAAGCUCGACAGCUUCUACCUCGGCUGUGGGGACAUCUACUACAACAACAAGCAGCACCGGGACGAGUUCUUCUUCCACGGGCUCGACAACGUCAAGUACUUUCAGCACUACGAGUGGUGCUGUACGGGAUCCACCGGAUCAGCAACCUCCAGCGUUACCACGUCGACCGUGACGAGCUCGACGGGACAAAUUAGUACUUCUACUCCCUUUUCUACAACUGCCUCUAGUGUAUCGUCGUUUUCCACUUCUACCUCAGGCUUACUGACUUCAAUUUCUGUAGCAUCCUCGUCGACGACAUCCGUCGCGCCGUCCUCGGCACCAUCCACGACUACUGCGCAAGCCACGACAGUUUUGACCACGACUACAUUGUCGCCGCCCUCCACAGCCAGUAGCUCAACUGCCCCAGCUACGACCACUACUCCCGCGGCCAGUAGCAGUAGUUCCGGAGGCAGCCCAACCAGUGUCACGACCACCUACGCCCCACCACCACCUCCGAACUACUCAGCUCUAGCUGUGCCAGUCGCACUCAGUUCCGUCGCGCAGGCAGCUGUGGGCACCUUGUGCUCUGGAGUCAAUGUCAGUCCGGCGGUUAGCCAGCCACUGCCCGUGACCACUGGUGCCUAUAACUACCAAAAGGUGCAGCUGAACAGCUACCCAAGUGUUUAUGAGGUCGAAUGCUGGAUGAAUGCCGGCAGCACGGGUGGAACGGUUACUAACAUGCCCGGGCAAUACUUCUCUCUUGAGAGCUGUAUGGACGCCUGCUCGGCCGCUGGACCUGGGUCGUGUCUUGUUGCUUACUGGGCCUCGACCACCAGGAUCUGCUCCCUUUACAGCAGGGUCAACAAUGGUGGCUCACCUAGCUUGGCUGGUGGACAGUCCCCAGCCAAGAUUGUGGGCAGUGGCGUUCGAACCGCAAGACUCCUCACUGGUCAACCAGUGCCGAAUGUGGUGGACGCAACCUAUCUCCUGGCUCCUGGUGCUGACUUGGGUCUUUGCAUCAACAACAACUACCACUUGACCUUUAUCGGGGUGUACUACAACGGCGCCAGUGGGACAGGGCCUGCCACGAUCAACGUGAACCGCGACAACAUCUGGUACGCGUCUUGCGGAGCCUCAUUCCAAAAUGCUCAAUCGGGGGUCCAAAUUACGCCAGUUUAUUCCAUCGCGACACCGCUUUUCGGUUUUACUUCUGCUCCAACGACGCCGGACGACUGCGCCCGAGUCUGUCAAUCCUAUCACAGCGCCUUCCUGCUCGCGGGUAACACCGGGAUUGACUGCAACCUGUGGCAGUUCGUCCCUGCAGCCAGCGUCCAAUGUCAGCUAUAUCCCUCCAAUGCCGGCGUUGUAUCUGGCUCGAACCCGGCCACGCUGAGAGACGGACAAAACAAUAACAUCUUCGCCGCUGGGCUUCUUCGGGGCAAUUCAGGGACGGAAUUCUCGUCGCAGGCGCAAUACAAGAAGCGAUCCCUCGCUGGGCGUAUGGAGUAUAAUCGGCGACAUGCUCGGGAUUCUCUGAUCGACGAUGGAAGUAUCCCGGAUGUCAUCCUCAAGCUCGACAGGAGGACCGGGAACUGGACCGAAGUCUUGUGA